AUGCGGGCUCAAAAGAUACCCGCUGCCUUGCUACUGUUGCUGUUUGCAAUAGACUCGUUACACGCCAACCGAAGAAAACAAAAAGAAAAAAUCAUUCAACUGACUACAAAUAUUUGUGACAUAAGUGACCGAGAUUCCAAAGUACAUUGUUAUUGUGAAAACAGCCAGGAAAUAAAUGAGGCAAUUAAAACAGAAUGCUGGGUAUUCAACGGUGGUAUAGACAAGUCAGAUCCUUUAUGGCCAAGCUUCACAUCGCAAUCAAAUAUAGAAACGUUGGCAUUUAACGUUCGAGCUGACGGAGGAUUAAAUUUCGUGCCAACAAAGGUGCUGAGAUAUUUGAGAAAGUUGAAGCAUUUCAGCAUAAAGUACAGCUCGAUAUUAAAAAUAGAAAGCAACACUUUUGUUAAUUUGACGUCACUUCAGGAAAUGACAUUGACCAAAAAUCAAAUCGUUGUUCUCAGUAAACAUUCCUUUUACAAUUUGCCUAACUUAACAUCGCUUACUUUGGAUGAAAACAGAUUGAAAAAAAUUGAAACUGAUACUUUUUAUGAAUUGCCAAAUUUACAGAAAUUGUUUCUCACUAGUAACAAUAUAAGUGUCAUAGAAGAUGGUGCAUUUAGACAUCUUAUCAACUUACUGGAACUUGAACUGGACAGGAAUAACAUAAGUGAUUUGAAGAAAGAAUGUUUUGAUGGACUUGCCAAUCUAAAACGUCUUGAUCUAAAACGGAAUAAAAUAGCCAUACUCAAUUCAUUUACAUUCAUAGAGCUCUGGAAUCUUCAAGAGUUGAUGUUGGAUUAUAAUGAUAUUUAUAUAUUAGAGCAACGCACAUUUGAUGGAUUGUCGCAAUUAAAAAAACUGAGCUUAAGUCAUAAUAAGUUGGUAACCCUGACCGAUGGCUUGUUUGAAGGUGUUCGAGGAUUAUCGGCAUUAGAUUUAAGACAUAACAAAUUAAAGAGAUUCACAUUAGAGAACCUACGUCCAAUUUAUGAUAAUUUAAAAUCUCAGAAAAGUUUUAUCUAUCUCGAAGAGAACGACUUUGACUGCGAUUGUCACCUGGCGUGGAUGCACAAGCUUCGACACGAAGCGAAGAGUAUUAAAGUACGAACGUCUUUAGAAAACUUUGUCUGUAAAUUUAACACUGAUACAGUAAUAAGUUCACAUUUAACUUAUUACGAAAGAAUGAAUAUUGAGAGUAAUGUGGAAGAAGAAAAAAUAAGAAACGAUUUGGAUACUGAUGAAUUUAACGAAGACGCCGAUGAUGUUUAUGUAGAAGAACCAAAAAGGGUAAAAGCUGAUAACGAGAGGACUUUACUUCAAAUUCCAGUAGAAUUACUGCCUUGUCCUGCGCAAGUUAAAACUGUAACAGAUAGGACAUACACAUACCCAUCGCAAAAUGAAGCCAAGGAUUACAGAAACUUAAUUCUCUCUUCUUCAAUAACAUGUUUUUAUAACAAAGUAUUAAUCGUUGUACUUUUGUUGUUGUUGAUGUUUCAAUAA